AGGCGGUCGACUGCAAUCCCAACCUAGAUCUCAGGCUUGACAACCUGUUCCGUACUAAAGAGUUUUAUUGAUUAAAUGCAUUCCGCCGGAGGCCAUUGGUAGAACACGAAAGCUUAGACGGCAACAGACAACCUAGGCUGAACCGUCAAAGGUCCGCAACGUGUCUAUCGUGAUAACUCUCUGUGGAAAAUACCAAAGAUUGACAUAACGGUUCCCUUGUUGAGUGAAAGAAGCUAGUUUACGAAAACGCUGCAUGAAUCUUGGAUGGAGCCUUUUUAUUCUCCUAGCAAGGCAGCUACAUCGCUGUUGCAGGAUGGCAACAGUCUCUUGAUCAAAGAUUGAAAUUUGGAGGUGAAUUGUAUUGUUUGCGUUCAGCAACGAGCACAAGCAAUUAACGACAAGACACACGACUGGAUUGGCCUUUCCUGUCAAGGUAGGGCUACCUUAUUCAUAUUUCUUAGUCUAGAUUCGAAGUAACUGAGACGCAAAUUUUCUGUUUUACCGCAAUAUAACUUUCCCUUGUUUGAGCUUGAGAUUCGUCCAAUGAACGAAGCCAUUAUGAUGCAUUGUAAUUGACAUGUGCUGUGGAAUUGACAUGGUGGGCGGUGCUAUAGAAUGAUUCGACGCAGCUGAUUGGCUUGCCUUUGUGUAACACGAGCCGAAGCCAAUGUACGUUAAUUUGGCAUUGAAAAUCUUUGAUCGUGGAACGCAGCAGUAAUAAAACAACAGUCUCGCGAACAGCCUGGUAAAUCCGUAGUUAAGCCCUUAUACAAAACAUAAAUGGAUUUCAAGUUAUCUUUGCUGUGAAGCAACGAGUUUAUCUUGUGGAUUAGGAAAUGGCCGCUCCAACUUUCACCAAAUAUGACUUUGUGUUAAAUAGAAGUUCGAGAUGUGGUCGACGAAAUUUACCUUGCCGAUCGAGCCUGACAAUGGUCUGUUCGAAAUUGCAGAUGUGUCGUGUUUACUUACUAUCUUUUUUGGUGCUUGAAGCGUUUGUUUUGGAUGUUAGUUGCCAGUUUCAUGAUGUCUACGAAGAAACGCCAUGGAAAUGCGAAAAUAUCACUAGUGAUUUUUGUAUGAAGAUGAAAUAUAACGUCACACAUAUGCCCAAUAGUAUGAAGAAUGCAGGACAAGUGGAUGCACAAAUGGAGCUUGUUACAUAUGUUCCUUUAGUUCGUAUUCAGUGCUCCAGCGAACUGGAAUUGUUUUUAUGUAGUGUUUACAUCCCUUAUUGUACUGAAAAGGUUCGACAGCCGAUAACGGCCUGCAGGACUUUGUGCGAACGGGUGCAUGCUGCUUGCUCGCCUGUCAUGAAGCGAUAUGGUUUUGAAUGGCCUGAAAAUUUGAAUUGUACGAAAUUUCCUCCGAAGAAUGAUCACAAAACUAUGUGUAUUGAUAACGCAGAAAUGAGCGGCGGCUCUUCUUCGGGAAAAUCCACAAACACUCAAUCGAACACUGAAAUCAAGGAAGGUGGAAAUACUAAUCCGCGAACGGAUUCCAACCGCGGGCAAGUCGACACUACUAAAGAUGUGAAAGAGUCGAAACAGCCGCCAAAGCGCCAUGGAAGUGAUAAGAAAGCAACUAACGUCUCAACAGUGACUGCGUUGAUUCCGUCUGUGAAUAUUAAAUCAUCUCGGAAGUUAUGUCGUAUGAAAUAUGCACGAAAUGGGCAAAAUUAUGUGUUUAUAGAUCGAGCAAAGGCUUGUGCUUUGAUUUGCCAGAAGGAUGGAAUUUUCACUAGCGCAGAAAAGGGCAUUGUAGAUGCCUGGCUAACGGGCCUAUCAUAUUUGUGUGCUUCGCUGUCUCUAUUUGCCUUAAUUGUUGUUCUGAGCAACAUGAAGUCGGUGUUUUAUCCGGAGCGAGCGAUAGUCUACAUCACGUUUUGCUAUCUCGCUUACUCAGGGGCCUAUAUUGUCCGUUCGAACGUUGGUCGAGAUAAAAUUGGGUGUGACUUUGAUAUGGGGAGCCAUUUCACAAUACAAGACGGUUCAGGCAAUAUUGGAUGCGCGACUACCUUUUUGUUGACAUAUUUAUUUUCGAUGGCGCAGAGUAUAUGGUGGGUGAUGAUGACAUUAACCUGGUUUCUCUGUGGAGGCAUGAAAUGGAAAGCUGAGGCCGUGCGGUCGUGUUCCGUUUAUUUUCAUGUUGCUGCGUGGGGAGUUCCAUGUGGAAAGACUGUUAUUAUAUUAAUGCUAAGAAAAAUUGAUGUCGAUGAAUUAACUGGGUUAUGUUAUGUCGGAAAUCGAUUUGAAAAUAUAUCAGCAUUGCGCGAAUUCGUUGUUGGACCGCUGUUUACUUAUUUGAUUAUGGGAACCACAUUUCUUGUCGCCGGUUUUGUGGCCUUGUUCAAAAUUCGCCCCGUUUCAAAUUGCACUUCACCAGAGAAUUCAAAUGACUCAAAAAUUGAGCAACCUUUAUUGCCGAUUGGCAUUUUUGCAGCCCUGCACACGAUACUUUCAACAGUGAUCUUAGCUAGUUAUUUUUACGAAUAUGUGAAUAGAGAGUCUUGGUUUACCAAAGUUGGCUCACCUGGAGCAAACUUCGAGGUUUUCCUGCUCAGACUUAUCAUGGUUUUUGCUGUUGGACUGCUUUCGGCUUUGUGGAUCAUAUGCAUCCACGCACCGCGAACAUGGAACAAGGUGUUGGCUGUCCUUUCUAAAAAUAGUAAACCAGCCGACAGUCCAAGUCAAUUAGAGCCCCUUCGAGGCAACAGUGAGACGCCUGUGUAAAACAUUUUGUUGUAGAACAACAAUGAAUCGAUAGUUUACUGAUGAAUUUAAUUUUGGCAAUCACUUCUAUUUGGAAAAGUUGUCCUACAACGCUACGCUAGUGGUUAAUAAGGCCUAUGGAUCUUGGUGAAAUCCAACAAAUUUUUGUACAACAACUUACAUUCUUUUGUAUGACAUAAAUAUAUAUAUAAAUAUAUAUAUAAAGUCGGAAAUUUCGCUUAGGGAGAUUUUUGGUAUUGUAGGUUCGGUUUUGUUUAAGAGUAAUAGGCCAUAAUACGUUUUGAAAUUGUUUUGAUAAAUGAAUGGGAAAAUACUGAAACUUCCCAGGAAGUUCCUAAUAGCCAUGGUAACAACGAUCAGCAAUAAUUGUUUACAAUUGUGCUUAAAUUGAAAGUUGUUUUUGAUUUAAGUGGAAAUUUAUCUUAUGAGUAAAACAUUCAAACAAACCCAGCUACAACUAAUUAACAUAUGCAACAGCAAGCAACAGGGAUUUGCAUAUAAUUGAUGUCACAGGAAAUUCCUAGACUUAAGUUGGCUAAGCUGUUUUAUGGUUGUUGAGAAUUCCUCCAUUCAGACAGCAACCUUGUAACUGUUAAUGGCCACAUUCACUUUGUUUUUAUGGGGAAGCCAACCUCUGUUUCUUCAUGUGACAUUGGUACACAAUGAAAAAUUCAUUCUUCUAACCUUGAGAGAGAUUCUUUUCAACACCUUUUUUUCUCUGAUUGAGAUUUGACAUACUUGAGUGAAUUUAAACAACAGUGCUCUCCUGGCUGCUGGGCCAUACGCCAAGGGCUGUUCGUUGUGCUGUAAAAACAGAUCAUGUCAUUCUGUUUCUUUUUCUCAUCUCAGUUGUUCACAAGAUCCCUCUACCAAAAAUGUGUAUGCCCUACUCUAGCAUGGCUGAAUUUCUUUACAUGAUGGUAGCUAUUGUCACACACUGCAAAGGCCUAUUGACAUGUAUUAAGAGACACAUCCCCAGAAACUCAUUUUAUUUUAUUUGUGUGGAUUUUAAAAUUGUUUUUUGAAUUAGCCAUAGUACAUAUGGCAAAGUUGAAUUUUCUACAGUAGAAGCUUCAUGUUUCAUAGAUGUCAAGGUUUUUCUACCAAAUGUUGAACUUGGAGUCUAGAACUAGCCUUAGCCAAAAAGUUAGAGAAGUUAUUGGUGUUUAGAUUGAUCUACCAAGAACUGACCCAGUAAUAAUGUUAACAAUGAUGAAUUCAUAUUAAAACUGAUAUUUUCACUGAUAGCACAUUUUUAUAUGCAUAAAAUUCCCACCAGAAUGUGCUUAGAAUAGCCAAAACAGAGUACCUGCUGCUUUGUUAUUGGUAUAUUUUGAGAAUUUCUGCUUCUCCAUUUAUGGUUAGAUUUUAAAAUUUAAAAUAUUUCAAUACUGGUAAGAUUGACGUUUGGCAUAAUCAUACCCUUUCCAGCAAACUAGCAUGUUGUCCUUUGGUGCCAAGAAUAGCCAAUAUCUAAAAACACACACACAAUCCAGAUUUCUCAAUCAGGCUUAGAUGAAUUUGUUAAUUAGACUAAGUCUGUGGUUUGAAAUUAGGUGUUUGUGCCUGAUGCAAUUUAACAUCAUGACAUCACUUUUGUUUGUUGCUGUUGCAUAUGAAUUUAACAAGUUUAAAUGUUACUUCUUCCAUUCAUAUUGCUGUAACUGCAAAAUGCACAUUACCAACUUCUACCUCGAAAAGGACCCUUUUCGAUAAGGUUAAAGCAGAUUUUGAGGCUGUUUCCUGUCAAGUUGUAAAAACGUUGAUAGACCAUGUUCUAUUUCAUACACGUUGUGAAUCACAGCUCGCCCCUGAUAGCUUUUAUUUCAUAUAAACCCGUAAUGUCACACUAAAAUAGUUAAACAUUUCCUGUUCCUAUAGUGAAAGGCAAACACGAGUAUUCCUAAUACGUCCUUGUGUUUUUGCAAACCAUUUAGUAGCUUUCUUUUGCUCCCAGCAUACAUAGGACGAAGCAACUAACAAACCCAAACGGUUUUAACAUUGAUAUUUUUUAAAAGCUUUUCUAUUUUCUUUUAUACACCCAUUUAGCCGAUUAAAGAUUUCGUUUGCAAAUAUUGGCUGUGCUGAGAAUGUCAGGUUUGCUUCAGGAAAACCAGGUCAUUAAGGUCAAAUUUCAAACUAAACACGAAAACAAACAUUCAAGAAGCAGACAUGAAACAUUAACAUUCCAUUUACGUUAAAUAUAGAUAGUAAAUUAGAUAGAUUCAAAUUCGCCACUUGCAACACAGUAGAAAGCAAUAAAUUGACAUCUUCAAAAUUAUACCAUUAAUACCCCUUCAAGAUCCUUUCUUUCCCCAGUAAGUGGACAGAAUUCCCUUGAAUCUCUUUCGAGCAUUCAUGCCUCCCUUUCGGGCAUUCACGCCUCAUUCUAUACUACCAUGAUAAAUUAUAGAGAGUCGGGCCUUAAUUUAAUCUUUCAAACCCAAUGCAGUGAAAGGUUGCCAGGGCUGACGGAAAUGUUCUAAGGAUAUUACGUUUCAUAAUACGCAUUAAGGACAGUAUCUUAUAAAUGAAAAUAAAUUUUUACUAGAAUAACUAAGGAACUGUGCUUUGUACAUUAUUUUAGUAUGAGGAAUUGUAUGUAGACAAACUAUUUCAAGUUAUCAUCGAGUCAUAUUUAGUUGUA